AUGAAGUGGCAAAUAUUCUAUUGUGCAUUAUUCCUCAUUGCAAAGGCAGAAUCGAGCUGGCUGCUCGACAGAAUCUGCGACUACGAUUUAACAGAUCCACAUGGCUUGAUAACAUCUCCAAAUUACCCUCACAGUUAUCCAUCAUCAGUCGUAUGUACCUACAAAAUAAUUCAGCCACGUGAAAGGAUUGUAUCCCUGAGUCUAUCACACAUUGACCUAGGAUGGAAUGAUACUGACAGUUGCAGUGGACGCUUGGAGAUCUACGACGGAGAUGAUGAUCUUGCCCGCAGGUUGGAGGUAUUCUGUGGCACUGACUAUUUCAUUCCAUCGCGUGUCAUCAAUUCCACGACAAAUGCUCUGUUCCUGAAACUCGAGAGUCAUUCUUCAUCACGAGGAAACAUAGGCUUUCAGGCUGUGUACAAGACAACUGAUCUCGAAUGUGGUGGACUCUUCAAGGAGAAUAAUGGAACGAUUCAACAUCCUACUCACGGUACACAGUACAAAAAUAACGAGAAUUGCGACUGGGUGAUUCAGGCACCACCGGGACAUACAAUCAGACUGAAGUUCAUAGUGUUUCAAACCCAGCAAAACAAUGAUUGGGUCAAGAUUAGCGAAUUUCAUGAAGGCAAGGUGGUCGAUGUUACUACGGUUAGUGGAGGUACAAUACCAUCUGCACCUGUAAUCACACGAGGCAGAAUCCUCUAUCUCCAUUUCAGAAGUGAUCACAAUAGCGUUUACUCCGGGUUCAGGGCGAAUUACACGUUCGUUGACUCUUCGGGACUUAAUUCACAAGUUUGA